GAUCAUGUUGUGGUAGUUGUUUUCACACGUGGGAUUCAAAGAGAUGAGUCUGCGUGUGAAUAUAAAGAUGAAAAGUUUUGUCUCAUUCAUAAACUAAAGCCAGCCACACCAAUCAUACUAAUUAAUCAGAUAACGUGAUCAGAGAGAUGAGCGGCCAAGGAAAGGUAGUCUGCGUCACCGGAGCCUCCGGUUACAUAGCUUCUUGGAUUGUGAAGCUUUUGCUCCUCCGUGGCUACACCGUCAAGGCCACUGUUCGAGACCCAAAGGAUCAAAAGAAAACAGAUCAUCUUCUUGCACUUGAAGGCGCAAAAGAAAGACUCCAAUUACUCAAAGCAAAUCUUUUAGAAGAAGGUUCUUUCGAACAUGCAAUUGAUGGAUGUGAGGCUGUCUUCCAUACCGCUUCACCAGUUACACUCACUGUCGAGGAUCCUCAGGCUGAGCUGAUUGACCCAGCCGUCAAAGGCACUAUUAACGUGCUAAAAACAUGCACCAAAGUGUCUUCUGUCAAAAGGGUCAUUGUGACAUCUUCCAUGGCCACAGUUAUGUUUCCCAAGUCCCCCUUGGGACCAAACGACUUAGUAGACGAGACAACCUUCUCUGAUCCAAGUGUUUGUGAGGAAGAAAAGCAAUGGUAUGUACUCUCGAAGAUUUUGGCCGAAGAUGCAGCAUGGCAGUUUGCCAAGGCCAACAACAUUGACUUGAUCGUAAUGAAUCCAGGACUUGUGAUUGGACCAGUCCUGCAGCCAACUCUUAAUUUCUCUGUACAAGUGGUUGCAGAUUUUAUAAACGGUAACAACUUUUUUAAUAGGAGAUACCAUAGGCUCGUGGACGUCAGAGAUGUUGCUCUAGCUCAUGUCAAGGGGCUCGAGACUCCUUCAGCCAAUGGCAGAUAUAUCAUUGACGCUCCGAUUGUGACAACAAACGACAUUGAAAAAGUUUUGCGUGAAUUCGUUCCUGAUUUGUGCAUUGCUGAAAAGAGUGAAGGCAUUGAUACGAAUUCAAUGACUUACAAAGUAAGUGUAGAGAAAGUGAAAAGUUUGGGAAUUGAAUUCACUCCUACAGAAACAAGCCUUAGAGACACUGUUCUUAGUCUCAAGGAGAAAUGUCUCAUCUGAUUUGUAUCUUUGUUACCUUCGAAUUGUGUUACUGAUAAAUGCAUUUCAUUAACAACCUUGAAAAUAAAAAAUUUCAAGAAAAUA